AACUUGUCUACCAAUGAAGCCUUUCAUUAAUUAAAUUCAUAUUAAUCUGACUCAGUAUGAACAUUUGGCAGACAAAAAAAACUUUAAAUUGUUUAUUAAGUAGUUGUCUAGCCAAAACAAAAUUAUAAAAUAAACACCGUUCCUUAGUUUGUUAGUAAAACUAUAACAUAUUAACAUACUUCAUGUGGCGUAUAAUGGUUUUAUAAUAAACUUGUUUACAGCAUUGUAACGAGUUCGAGCUAACCUUUAAAAAGGCACAACAACCUUUUGAACUGUCCGUUCUGUUGUAUGAUUUCAAGAUGGAUGAAAUCCGAGCAGCCUACUUAGUCGUGUUGCUAGUGUCCGUUUCAUUCGGUGUACAAAACGUGCUCGCGGAAGAAUCUGAAUAUGAAUACUACUACGAAGAAGUAAACGCUACUCAAAAAACGGUGGAUUCUUCGUCGACCACAGUCGAGACGACUACUGUAACUUUAAUACCGCAAGUAGAAACAACUUCGAUAAUACCGAGGCCAUCCUUUUUGGAAUUACCGCGUACCGAAGUACCGGUAGACACCGAAGUAGCGUAUACGGACAAUUCAAGUGAAUUUACUUCGGUUAUUAAUGUAGAGGAUUCUACGGAUGAUAUUAUGAGGCGUAAUCAAUGGGCUACUACAUCAGUAGGUGAAAAUAAACCCAUAGCUACAACUGAUGUACGACGAACUGAUCACACAUUAACACAAAUGAAUGGUACUCGUCCAACUAAGUACACUUCCAUUUUCUACAAAAGUACCGCCAAGCCAAAACCCAAUAAGCAACCGGAAAUAGUACUUAACAUCUACACUGGCAUGUAUGGAAUGCAUUCGCGGGGAAAAAACCGACCCAGCGGAAACCUGGGUGGGCGCAAUAAUAAUUUCUGGCCACGUGCUCAACCUGCUAUGCAGGGAUGGUAUGGUAUGUACGGGAUGUACAAUCGUAGACCGAUGCAAUCCUUCAUGCCCAGACAGAACCCACCUGUAUACCGGGGCCGUGGACCACAGAAUGAUUAUGAUGAUGGAUAUAGUAAUUCCUUCACCUAUCACACGGCAACGAAACCACGGCGAAACAAACAGCAAAACCGUGGCACAGCAAUUGACGAACAGGCAAGCCAGGCGCUAUUCAAUUUUCUCCUGCAAGCACUCGGACAGUAUACGGGUUCUUCUUCCGCUCGUUCACAACCGCAAGGACAGCAAGGAUCUCGCAGAAGACAGUGAGAGAUAAAAACAAUUAUAUUGUAAACACUGAACGAUUUGUAACCCUACAAUAUAAAUCAAGUGAAAUGUUUCAAACCACGUGGCCAAU